AGGAAAAAUAAAAAAUAAAAAUCUAAACCCUAGCCUUCUGCUUCAUUCCCUCACCAAAUCUGCUCUGAUUCUCCUCACUCUCCGAUAUUGGCCGCACCUGCUCGCCGGCACGCCCACUAUCGCCACCUUUCUUUCUUCUCUACGUCUCUGCUGCAAUUGCACGCCUCCCUAAUCGAAUCUUAAUUCUUUUCUUUGUUUAAUUUGGAAUUAGGUCAAAUCUUUAUUUUCAAAUCCUGCAUAAAUCGACUGCUGUAGACGGAUGGAUGUAUAUAUUUUUUGGGAUCAAAACAGGAUUUCCAAUCAGACUGAAUUUCAAUCGCCCGCUUUGAUUAUGUGAUUCUGCACUGGCUCUACGAACCUCUCCCACAUUCCCAAUCCCAGUCGCCAACUUCCUGAAUAUCUCUCUACCCUUACUUUGGUUUUUUUUCCAUCUCUCUCUGGAUAGGACUUUUGAGGCGCUAGGGUUGGUGGUUUAACGUUUCAAUUUGGCGAUAUUUCUAUGGGUCGAAAGAAGCCUACUGCACGGGAUGAUGACAGCGCCCCAGCGGCAGCUCAGGGUGGUGGGAAGUCGAAGAAAAAGACAUUUGCAGUAGACGAUGAUGAGUACUCCAUCGGAACCGAGUUGUCUGAAGAAGCCCCAGUUCAGGAGGAGAAGGUCGUGAUAACUGGGAAAAAGAAGGGUAAGAAGGGAAAUUCAAAAGUUUCACAAGUUAAAGGGGAUGAUGAUGAGGAUGAGGAUGUGGAUAGUGUUUCAGAAAUUGUUAUCACCGGGAAGAAGAAGGGUAAGUCGAAGAAGGGUGGAAGUAGCAGUGCUUUUUCUGCUUCCAGCUUUGGUUUACUUGAGGAGGAGGGAGAGGAUGGUGCUGAUAAUGAUGAUGAAUCUGUGUUAACUGCAGAAAAGGAUGACGAUGAAGGGGAUGAUUCUGAAAUCAAGUUUUCAGGUAAGAAGUCGUCGUCGAAGUCUUCCAAGAAGAGUGGUUUUUCUGCAGUGUCAGCAUUCAGUGCCCUUGAUGACGAGGAAGAUGAGGAUGUAAUUGAUAAUGAGAACAAAGUUGACGAAGGGAUUGAUGAUGAGCCUGUUAUUGCAUUUACAGGUAAGAAAAAGUCAUCAAAAGGUGCCAAAAAGGCUGUGAAUGCAUUUUCAGGUUUUAGUGGUCUUGAUUAUCAGGAUGAGGACAGAGAUGCUGACAAGGUUGAGGAUGAAGAUGUUACAACGAUUAGCUUCUCUGGUAAGAAAAAGAAGUCAGCUAAGGGUUCAAAGAAAAGUGGCAAUUCGGUUAGUGUAGCAUUUGCUGAUGAGGAUAAUGAUGGCGAUGUUUCUAUUUCAGAGCCAAAUAAAUUACAAAAUGAUGGUGUUGAUGAAGACGAUGACAAUGUUAUUGCGUUUUCUGGCAAGAAAAAGUCCUCUAAGAAGAAAAGCAGCAGUUCUUUUGUCACAUUAAGUGAUGAAAAUCCGCUGGGGAAUGAUGUUAAAGAUGUAUUCGUACCCGAAGUACUUAAUUCAGCAAGUACCAGUUUUGCUUCUGAUUUAUCUAAAGCUAACAAGACGGAGGGGGUAGCAGAAACUUCAAAAAAUAAAAAGAAAAAGAAGAAGAGUGGAAGGACUGCUCAAGAAGAAGAUGAUUUGGAUAAGAUUCUUGCUGAGCUAGGAGAGGGGCCUACUAUAUCAAAACUAGCAGACCCUCCUCUUUCUUCACAAGAGGCCAAAGUUGAGAACCCACCUGACCUUGUAACUCCUCCUGAUGCAUCAGCUGAAAAGGAAGCUGAAGAAGAGAGCACAGAAACGGCUGCAGCUAGGAAGAAGAAAAAGAAAAAGGAGAAGGAAAAGGAGAAAAAGGCUGCAGCUGCAGCGGCAGCAGCUGCUGAAGGGAAGGAUGAGAAAAUUGAGGAGGUAAAGACUGAAAUUAUAGAACCCAAAAAAGGUGCUGCAAAGAGUAAAGUGCCAGAUAAGAAAGUGCCGAAGCAUGUUAGGGAGAUGCAAGAGGCUAUGGCUAGGAGGAAAGAAGAAGAAGAGAGAAGGAAAAGGGAAGAGGAAGAGAAAUUGAGGAAGGAGGAAGAAGAGAGACGGAGGCAAGAAGAACUUGAAAGGCAAGCUGAGGAGGCUAAGCGUAGGAAAAAGGAAAGAGAAAAAGAAAAGCUCCUAAAGAAGAAACAAGAAGGCAAGCUGUUAACAGGGAAACAAAAGGAAGAACAACGGAGGUUGGAGGCAAUGAGGAACCAGAUAUUAGCAAGUUCAGGGGGUUUGCCACUGUCUGCAUCUGACCCUAGUGCACCAACCAAACGACCAAAAUACCAGACAAAGAAGUCAAAACCUGCCCAUCAUCAAACAAAUGGUAGUGCGCAAACUAAGGUGAUGGAACAUACAGAAGAAAAGAUACAAGAAAAAGAUGUGGCAGAUUCUGAAAUAUUGGAGUCUGAGAAGAUUGAACCUGUUGAGUCGAUGCACGUGGAGGAAAAAUCGGAUAUUAUUGAGGUUUCUGAAGAUAAUGAAAUUAAAAAAGAGGACGAGGAUGAGGAUGAGGAUGAGGAUGAGUGGGAUGCAAAGAGUUGGGAUGAUGCUGUUGUUGAUCUUUCCUUAAAAAGUUCCUUUGCUGAUGAGGAGCUUGAUUCAGAGACUGAGAAUGGCAUGAAAAAGGAUGGAAAGAAUGGUGCACAAACUUCACGUGAUGCAGGUGCCAAGCCAAUUGCCCCUGCCCAAAAAAGUUUACCUUCUCAGCCUAUAAGGUAUCAAGAUAUUGAAAACAGAAAGAAUCAGCCUGAGGUUGAGGUUGUUGACAAGGGCAAACGAAAAGAUGAUGCUGUUAAGAAAAAAAUUUCAACAUCAGAUACUACUACUAAACAACAGGAAGAAAAUCUUCGCUCACCCAUUUGUUGUAUUAUGGGCCACGUUGACACUGGUAAAACCAAACUACUGGACUGUAUUCGUGGUACAAAUGUUCAAGAGGGAGAGGCAGGAGGAAUUACGCAGCAGAUUGGGGCAACAUAUUUUCCUGCUGAGAACAUUCGUGAAAGAACUAGGGAAUUGAAAGCUGAUGCAAAGCUGAUGGUUCCUGGCUUGCUUGUUAUUGAUACCCCUGGGCACGAAUCAUUUACAAAUUUGCGUUCUCGUGGUUCGGGUUUAUGUGACCUUGCAAUUUUGGUUGUUGACAUCAUGCAUGGCUUAGAGCCACAAACAAUAGAAUCUCUAAAUCUCUUGAGGAUGAGAAACACAGAAUUUAUUAUUGCUCUGAAUAAGGUUGACAGACUUUAUGGGUGGAAAACAAUCCGCAAUGCACCAAUACUGAAGACAAUGAAGCAGCAAUCCAAGGAUGUGCAGAAUGAGUUCAAUAUGAGGCUUAUUCAGAUUAUCACUCAAUUUAAAGAGCAAGGAUUGAAUACCGAGCUGUAUUAUAAAAAUAAAGAAAUGGGGGAGACUUUCAGUAUAGUACCUACAAGUGCUGUUACUGGUGAAGGUAUUCCAGACUUGUUAUUAUUAUUGGUUCAGUGGGCCCAGAAAACCAUGACGAAGAAACUUACAUAUAGUGAUGAAGUGCAGUGUACGGUCUUGGAGGUCAAGGUUGUUGAAGGCCAUGGAACAACUAUUGAUGUCAUAUUGGUUAACGGUGUACUGCAUGAAGGAGAUCAAAUAGUUGUUUGUGGCAUGCAGGGCCCAAUUGUUACUACUAUUCGAGCCCUAUUGACCCCCCAUCCAAUGAAGGAGCUCCGAGUGAAGGGAACGUAUCUGCAUCAUAAAGAAAUCAAGGCUGCUCAGGGAAUUAAAAUAACUGGACAGGGUCUUGAGCAUGCCAUUGCUGGAACCAGUCUUCAUGUGGUAGGUCCUGAGGAUGACUUGGAAGACAUUAAGGAUUCAGCUAUGGAAGAUAUGAAGUCAGUAAUGAGCAGGAUAGACAAGACUGGUGAGGGAGUCUGUGUUCAAGCAUCUACACUUGGUUCCUUGGAAGCAUUGUUGGAGUUUUUGAAGAGUCCGGCUGUGAGCAUUCCUGUUAGUGGAAUAAGUAUAGGACCCGUUCAUAAAAAAGAUGUCAUGAAAGCUAGCGUAAUGCUUGAAAAGAAAAAGGAAUAUGCCACUAUUUUGGCUUUUGAUGUUAAAGUGACUCCAGAAGCUCGAGAACUUGCUGAUGAGCUUGGUGUGAAGAUUUUUAUUGCUGAUAUCAUCUAUCACUUGUUCGACCAGUUCAAGGCCUACAUUGAUAAUCUUAAAGAGGAAAAGAAGAAAGAAGCUGCUGAGGAAGCAGUCUUUCCUUGUGUUCUCAAGAUUUUACCUAACUGCAUUUUCAACAAGAAGGAUCCAAUUGUGUUGGGGGUUGAUGUAAUUGAUGGCAUUGCCAAGGUUGGCACACCAAUCUGUAUUCCUCAACGAGAAUUUAUUGAGAUUGGUCGCAUCGCAUCUAUUGAAAAUAAUCACAAACCUGUUGAUUAUGCAAAGAAGGGGCAGAAGAUUGCCAUUAAGAUUGUUGGGCACUCUUCGGAGGAACAGCAAAAGAUGUAUGGUAGGCAUUUUGAUUUGGAGGAUGAACUUGUCAGUCAUAUAUCAAGGAAGUCCAUUGACCUACUCAAAGCCAAUUAUCGGGAUGAUUUGUCCACGGAGGAGUGGAGACUGGUGGUGAAAUUGAAGAACCUUUUCAAGAUACAAUGAGAUGGACGAAGCACCAACUUGAUCGGCUUGUGAUUCUUCAAAACAGCUGGUUCGGAUGCGGUCAUUGGAUUGUCAUGUUGAAGAGGCAGAGGCCAUGUGGUAGGGAAGGAAGGCUGUUCCUUGAAAAAGCCACCUGUGCCGAGUUUAUGGGAAGGAUGAACGUUGAAUUCUUCAUGAAGGUGGGGAAGGUAUGUGCGGCGUAACAGGGUUCUUUCGUUUGCAUGAGAAAGCUACUAACCAAUCAAUUGAAAUGCUCUCUUUUUGUGGAGUCAUUGAAUACCUAAGUUUUGUUGUGGUUUAUCUGUUGAUUUCUGUAUGAAAUAAGUGAUUGGGAGAUUGUGAACUUAAAGGGAGAUGAUCAAGAUCUGUAAUUAUAUAUGUUUUUAACAUUCUUCGCCAAUUUAGUAUCUUUCUCUAA